AUGGAUACCAAGAAUGAGGAAAUUAGUACAAGAUCCAGAGAUUUGAGAAACAGUUGUGGAGAGAGGUAUCAUAGAUCAGGAGGGAAAAUAACCCCUACAACUUCUAUACUUGAUGGAUCUAAUGUUUAUGGCAGAGAGAAGGACAUAGAGGUCGUUCUUGGAUGGUUACUGAAGGGAGAAGCAGCAACCAAUGGUAGGGUUUUUGUGGUAGCUAUAGGUGGGAAGGAAGGGGUCGGCAAGACCACUCUAGCUCAGCUUGUGUACAAUAAUGACACAGUGGUCAACGCUUUUGAUUUGAGAGCUUGGGUUUUUGAUAAUUCAAAAGACUUUGAUGUUGUGAGCAUAACAAGAACAAUCCUGCUGAGCGUUACUGACGCUUGCAAUUGUAGUGAUAAUUUGAAUUUGCUUCAGGUGAGGCUAAGAGAGAAACUUUCUGGAAAGAGCUGUUUAAUUGUGCUAGAUCAUGUUUGCGAUCUGGACUAUCAACGAUGGGAUCUUCUAUGCCAACCCUUCGCAGGUUCUGAAGUUAAAAUAGUUGUGACCACGCGAAACAACAGCAUCCCAUCAAUCAUGGCUGCCGUCUCCACUCACCAUCUAGAGGUGUUAACAGAUGUCGAUUGUCUGUCAAUGCUUGUAGACCAUGCGAAGGCAAAAUCAAAGUUUGACACAGACCCAAAGCUUCAAGCAAUUAUGGAAAAAAUAGCCAGAAAAUGUAAAGGCUUACCACAGGCUGCAAAACAUUUUGGGGGCAGGCUGCUUUCUACUCACUAUACCGAAUGGGAGAAGAUAUAUAUGAAAUUGUGA